CCGGCCGCGGGAGCCGCGCCCGCCGGGGGUGGGGAGGGAGGACACUGGGGAAGUGCCUGAGGCUCGAGUCUGCUUGGCUCCCCGCCAGCGAGAAACCUCACGCCCGGGCUUGUUCAACCUGAGUGUGCCCAGAGUGUCCGGACUUGUGCCCCUUCCCUCGCCUCUGUUCCUCCCCACGCCAGGUGUCCUACCCAGCGCGCUACCUGUGCGCGCCCAGGGCGCGAGCUGCGGACACCCAGCUAGCUCCUCGCUACCCUUUGCAGAGCAUCUCGCGGGCUGUGGCAGCCCCGGGCUGCGCUCCCCUGCGGUGGGUCCCUCAGUUCCAAGGCUACCCAUUAACCAGGGUGGCCCAGAGGCGCAGACACUCGGACCCGGGAAAACUUAAUUUAGUUGCAGUCCCCGAGGUUGCAGCUGCUAGUGGCUGAGAGAGCGCGUCCGCUUUGUCUCUGCACUCCCCGCAGCCCCCCUCCCCCGCUUCCUCUCCCGAUUAACUCCCCCGACGCGCUCUUCCCCGGCUCCUCUCCUCCGCCCACUCCUCCUCCUCCCCUUCCUCCUCCUACACCGCGGGCCGCGCUAAUGCGCUUCCUCCCUCCCCCGGUGUCAGUCUCUUUGCAUACGCGCCCCCUCCCCUCCGGCGGCCGCUUAUAGCGGGGCGCGCGGCGGCCGGGCGCAGACUGCUGCGGCAGCCAGAGAGGAGGCGUGCGGCGGUGGCGCUGCGGAGCCCGAGCCCAGACGCCAGGCGGCCGCGGCGCGCACGGCGCUUCCCAGCUCCCUCCCCCAGUGCACAGCCCGCCUCCUUCCGCGGCGCCGGCGCUCGCAGGCUCGCCCUCCGCUCCCGAGACGCGCUCCGGGACUCGCUCCUCGGGUCGCGGGCACAGGGUCCGCCGCGUGGGGACCGAGAGGCCGAGGCGAACCGCCAGCGCUCGGGGCGCGGUCCUCUCCCCGGCAGGCGCCCCUUGCGUGCUCUCUUCGCCCGAGCAGUCGCCGCCGCUCCCCCGGGCUCAGACGCCCGCUCGGUCGCCUCGCUGCCCGUGACCGAGGCAGGAACCCCGCCAGUUGUGCGCCGAGGCCGGUCGCCACCGCUGAGUGGAAACAAAAUGUCAGUCAGCGUGCAUGAGAACCGCAAGUCCAGGGCCAGCAGCGGCUCCAUCAACAUCUAUCUGUUUCACAAGUCCUCCUAUGCCGACAGCGUCCUCACUCACUUGAACCUUUUACGGCAGCAGCGUCUCUUCACUGAUGUCCUUCUCCAUGCCGGAAAUAGGACCUUCCCUUGCCACCGGGCAGUGCUGGCUGCCUGCAGCCGCUACUUUGAGGCCAUGUUCAGUGGCGGCCUGAAAGAGAGCCAGGACAGCGAAGUCAACUUCGACAAUUCCAUCCACCCGGAAGUCUUGGAGCUGCUUCUCGACUAUGCAUACUCCUCACGGGUCAUCAUCAAUGAAGAAAACGCAGAGUCGCUCCUGGAGGCCGGUGACAUGCUGGAGUUCCAAGACAUCCGGGAUGCGUGCGCAGAGUUCCUGGAAAAGAACCUGCAUCCCACCAACUGCCUGGGCAUGCUGCUGCUGUCCGACGCGCACCAGUGCACCAAGCUGUAUGAACUCUCCUGGAGAAUGUGUCUCAGCAACUUUCAGACCAUCAGGAAGAACGAAGAUUUCCUCCAGCUGCCCCAGGACAUGGUAGUGCAGCUCUUGUCCAGCGAAGAGCUGGAGACAGAGGAUGAAAGGCUCGUGUACGAGUCUGCAAUUAACUGGAUCAGCUACGACCUGAAGAAGCGCUAUUGCUACCUCCCAGAACUGUUGCAGACGGUGAGGCUGGCGCUCCUGCCAGCCAUCUAUCUCAUGGAGAAUGUGGCCAUGGAGGAGCUCAUCACCAAGCAGAGAAAGAGUAAGGAAAUUGUGGAAGAAGCCAUCAGGUGCAAACUGAAAAUCCUGCAGAAUGACGGUGUGGUGACCAGCCUCUGUGCCCGGCCUAGGAAAACCGGCCAUGCCCUCUUCCUCCUGGGUGGACAGACUUUCAUGUGUGACAAGCUGUAUCUGGUAGACCAGAAGGCCAAAGAAAUCAUUCCCAAGGCCGACAUUCCCAGUCCAAGAAAAGAGUUCAGUGCAUGUGCAAUUGGCUGCAAAGUGUACAUUACUGGGGGGCGAGGGUCUGAAAAUGGGGUCUCAAAAGAUGUCUGGGUUUAUGACACCCUGCAUGAGGAGUGGUCCAAAGCUGCCCCCAUGCUGGUAGCCAGGUUUGGCCAUGGCUCUGCCGAACUGAAGCACUGCCUGUACGUGGUUGGGGGGCACACAGCUGCCACUGGCUGCCUCCCGGCCUCCCCCUCGGUUUCCCUAAAGCAGGUAGAACAUUACGACCCCACAACCAACAAAUGGACCAUGGUGGCCCCGCUCCGAGAAGGCGUUAGCAACGCUGCAGUAGUGAGUGCCAAACUCAAGCUGUUUGCUUUCGGAGGUACCAGCGUCAGUCAUGACAAGCUCCCCAAGGUUCAGUGUUAUGAUCAAUGUGAAAACAGGUGGACAGUCCCAGCCACCUGUCCCCAGCCCUGGCGUUACACAGCAGCAGCUGUGCUGGGUAACCAGAUUUUUAUUAUGGGGGGAGACACAGAGUUCUCCGCCUGCUCUGCUUAUAAAUUCAACAGUGAAACUUACCAGUGGACCAAAGUGGGAGACGUGACGGCAAAGCGCAUGAGCUGCCACGCUGUGGCCUCCGGAAACAAACUCUACGUGGUUGGAGGAUACUUUGGCAUUCAGCGAUGCAAGACUUUAGACUGCUACGAUCCGACGUUAGACGUAUGGAACAGCAUAACCACAGUCCCGUACUCGCUGAUCCCCACUGCAUUCGUCAGCACCUGGAAACAUCUGCCUUCUUAAAUGCAGUUGGUCCUAAAGAAAGAGAGCAUGAGGUCACUUCAUCACUCGGCAAGACAAUAUGAGAUUUCUACCUUGGAAAGGCCAAGUUUAAUGAAGAGAAAGAAAAAAAGGAAAAGAAGUUGCUGCAAAACUCGCUGCACCUUGUAAAUUCUCUAACUGGACAUGAAGGAAGGGGGGUGAGGGAGGGGGGGUGGGAUAUUCAGUGCAAGUAGCACAUAGUUUAAAUAUGAAUGAGUGAACCUGUGAUCUAGUCCUUGUCUUGUAAUUGUGGAUUAAUGUCAGCGUGAAUCAGCCUCUCAAAGGGAGAGAAGAGCUGGACCUUUUCCCUUGCUGUACCAUAUUGAGCAUUUGAUUUCCAUGGGCUCCGCCAUUUAUGUAUAACAUUUGAAAUGGUUGUCACCUCUCUCUGAGGAGCGAGCUUGAAGUCUCCAUGCCAGCUGCUGCUGGAGAUUCAAAGCCCAAGCGUGGGUCCAAGAGGGAAGCUGGCUGGGCUGGCUGCAGAAUGAGGACCCCUGGACUCUCUGCUCAUCUCUAAGGGGUGUGUUCCCCGGGAAGAUUUCUGAACAGUGGGGACAUUGUUGGUAGCCGUUUGGUAGAUGUUCUUUUCUAUUUAUAAGUGACUUUAAACUUUUCCCUUGGCUGUUAACAAAUUUGUUAUAGAUUUAGCUAUUUAUUGUUUGAUGCCUGCAUGCUGAAACAAUGCUUACAGUUGUCUUCACAUGUAUGGACUUGUGUGUGAAUGGUUGUAUGUUUUGCACAUUUUGUGGCUGGUGAUGUGCUUUGCUGCACAAAAAUUAAAACUUUUGAGCUAUAAUUUGGAGUAUAACUGGAGGGUGGGUUGGGGCACAGGGUGGACUUUUUCAAUGUCAAGACAGGGAAAGAUUACAAGACAAACUUAAAUUGCAUCCUAGAGAUAGAGAAACCAUGUAGAUCACUUAUAAUCUUAGACUCACCAUCUUUUAAUGCAGUUUCAUGGGGUAAGGGCAUGCUGAUGGGGCGAGGGGAGGCUUCCUUCUGUCCUCCCACCUCCCAUCUGAUUCACCUAAUUCAGUCUCAGCUGCUGAAAUUUGGAAAGGACCAAAUUGCUUUACAGUUUUUUUUUCCUUUGUGUAAUAUCCUGAAAUCCUGGAGAAUUCUAUGGACUAGUUCUGUAUAUAGAGUACAGGUAAAGGCAUUGUCCGAAGUUUAUUUAUUUAUCUAUUUAUUACCCUAUAAGAAUGCUUUGCUGUAACCACAGCUAAUGGGAAAAACUGAAACAUCACAGAUGUAAAUUAACUCACUGAUCAGAUUUGCUUGACCUGGACUCAUUGUUGUCUGUUCUUGCUAAACAAUUUAGCAAGUGUUAGAAGUUCUCCAAGACAAUAUUCACAUUGGUACAAUGUAUACUUCAGUGCUCACCCUUAGGUAAAUCUCUUAAAAAAUAAAUAACUCUUUGGUGCACAAGUGACACAUUUGGCCACAAAACACCAAAGAAUCUUAAGCAGUGGCCCCUGUUGAGAGGUUUUCCGGUGGAAUUCGGAAUCAGUUGUGAAUACAUUCUUUGCUAGUUGGAGUGCUUGUUUACUAAGCAUGUGCUGUGGUAGGUGUUAGUGCUAGUCUCAAAUAGGUGCUUCCUCAGAGGUGUGGGGGGGAAGACCAGAGUUUGCAACUCGAACUGCUUUCGUGGAUGUUUCUCACAUUGCUGUAUUUUAGAAAAUAGGGUUAAGACUGAUAACCUUUCACAUCAUGACUUUGUUUGCAUUGUCUAAUGACAGUUGAAUCCUUAACAUUUCUCUCCACCUUAGUACUUUAGACUAAUUGUACUUGUCCGUCCGUGCCAUGAAUAAGUGCGCUAUAGUUGGACCAAAAUAAAAUGAGCUGUUGGAAGAGAAGAAUCACAAUACUUUCCAGCAGUCAGUCCCUGGUUCCUAGAUGUGUUCUAAGCAAUGCAAAUGUCUAAUUGUACCCUGGCGGCAUUAGUUGGUGUGGUUAUAUUGUAGCAGUUACAGCUCUAUAGUUUAUGAUGCAAAUCUGCCAAGAGAUGGAUGUGUCACUGCAUGGCUUCUGAAAGCAGGAUGAAUUUUCUGCAGCUGUUUCAAAGUUGUGGUCUGUCCUUGAAUCCUCUAUUAAUUACUUUGUGUGAGCCAGAGGGAGCCUCAGUAAGGGUGGGCCCCCAGCCUGCAGGGAACUUUCUGGACUCCUGCUCUUUGAAUUGAUGCAGGCAUUUGGUCUCACUACUUGACCAUUCUCACCCUGUGAAACGUCCCACACUUUGAAGCAAAUACAAUUCACAGCACAGUACACACAAAAACCUUGGCAUAAGACAGAGAAGGUUCUUCUUAUUUUGUGGACCGGUUGCUGUAGAAACAGACAACAAAGGGCAGCCUUCCACUUCUGGUAUAAUUGUGUAGCCCCUUUUCUCUGGGCUUGACACCUGUCUGAAUAAGAGUGAUUAGAGCUGCAUAAUAUCCCUCUCUUGGCUAUUGAAUAUGUGGUUCACGUACAAAAUUGUAUAAGUUGAAGUAAAGUGUUCAUGUUCAUAUGUACUUGUUUGCUACUACUACAUUUUUGAGGUUUUGUAAAACUGUUAUUUUUUUUUUCACAAUGUGAAACUGAAGGUCAAUAAAUUAUUAGAGAUUUUCUCUUCA